CCAGCUAGUUUGACAAGAAGAGGGCUUAAAUGUAAGUAUUUGCAUCAAUUGUAAGGCAAUAACCACGCAUUGCAAUAUUACUUACCUAUAGUACGUUAUAAGAAUUUCUGUUACUCAUGGAUAGAAUUUGUAGAUUCAUCGUGCAACACUUCAAAAAUUAUAAUAUUUCACUAUAUAGCAUUAUUUUUCCCUAUAAAAUUACUUCAUCAACGCUAGUACUGAAAAGAAGCAGUGGUCGAUUACAAGUAGCAACACAAGAAACUGAUCAAUUCUUCACAUAGUACAAAGCAAGAAUUAAUAGUAGUGCUGAAGAAUGCAACCCAUGCAUCAUGCAUGCAUGCAUAAUCAACGAUCAAACAUGAUCAAUUGAUCAUGUGGUAGCAAUAAGCUCGAUCUUGAAUCCACCUAUGGGGAGGGUUUCAUUUUAACCAGGUAGAUUAGCCGACGUUGCAGAGCUCCACAGACACACAGCAAUGGCCAGAAUCAAGGUUCACGAGCUAAGGCAGAAGUCCAAGGCCGAUCUCUUGGCCCAGCUCAAGGAUCUCAAGGCCGAGCUCGCCCUCCUCCGCGUCGCUAAGGUCACCGGUGGAGCACCCAACAAGCUGUCCAAGAUCAAGGUUGUGAGGCUUGGGAUUGCUCAGGUGUUGACAGUGAUCUCACAGAAGCAGAAGGCUGCUCUGAGAGAAGUGUACAAGAACAAGAAACUCUUGCCUCUUAAUCUUCGUCCCAAGAAGACCAGGGCCAUUCGCCGAAGGCUCACCAAGCACCAGGCCUCUUUGAAGACUGAACGUGAGAAGAAGAGGGAGAUGUACUACCCCUUGAGGAAGUUUGCGAUCAAGGCGUAGAGUUGUGGUUCGCUUUAUUUAGGUCAUCUAUCUUCUGCAAUAGAAACUUAUGGUCACAAGUUUUGAUUUUGAAUUGAUGUGUUGAACAUGAGAUUUUGAUGUCAAAUUUGACUUCUCUAGGUUGGGUAUCACCCAAACCAAUUA